AACCCAUGAGGAGAUUGACAAGAACCAUCUGCCCAAGUUCAAGGACGGAGCUAAGAUGCCUUACACAGAGGCGGUGAUCCACUGAGAUCCAGAGAUUCUGAGACAUGAUCCCCAUGGGCCCGGCCCGCAGAAUCACCCAGGAUACCGCGAGACUUCCUCCUCUCCAAGCCAGGGCACCGAAGUGUUCCCUAUGCUGGGCUCCAUGCUGAGAGACCCCAAGCUCUUCUCCAACCCGCGAGAUUUCAACCCCCAGCACUUCCUGGAUGAGAAGGGGCAGUUUAAGAGGACUGAUGCUUUUGUGCCCUUCUCCAUCGGAAAGCGGUACUGUUUCGGAGAAGACCUGGCUAGAAUGGAGCUCUUUCUCUUCCUCACCACCAUCAUGCAGAACUUCCACUUCAAGUCCCCACAGUCGCCCCAGGACAUCGACGUGUCCCCCAAACACGUGGGCUUUGUCACCAUCCCACAAAACUACACCAUGAGCUUCCUGCCCCGGAAUUAUUUGAAGAUUGAAACAUAGCCUGGUGUUGAGCUUUAAAACUCAGUGGCUGCAGGAAUGGGAGGAUGACAGUGGUGAUGUUUCUGGGUAGCUUGUUUUUCACUACUCUCUUCUACCAAAACAAGAAUCCUGCUCUUGCCAUAAGGACAGGCACAAGUAGCAUGUGUGGAGUGCCUGCUAUGUGCCAGACACUAUGCUGAGCCCCUUGUAUGAGUUUCCUAGAACUGCCAGACCAAAGUAUCACAAGCUGAGUGACUUACACCAACACAAAUGUAUUGUCUCAGAGUUCUGCGAGCUAGGUCCAACAUCAAGGUGUCAGCGGGGCCGUGCUCCCUCUGAAAGCUGUAGGGGAAUCCUUCCUUGCCUCUCCUUAGCUUCUGGUGGUUUGCAGCUCUUGGUCUUUGGAGUUGCUUGGGUUGCAGCUGUGUCAUUCCAAACUCUGUCUUUGUCAUCACAUGGUGUCGUCCCUGUGUUUGUCUCUCUUCACAUGGCCGUCUUUUUUUUUUUAAUUUUAUGGGAGUAGAGUUGAUUUACAAUGUUGUGUUAGUUUCAAGCGUAGAAAAAAGUGGAUCAGUUAUGCAUAUACGUAUAUCCACUCUUUUUUAGAGUCUUUCCCCAUAUAGGUCGAUACAGAGUAUUGAGUAGAGUUCCCUGUGCUAUACAGUAGGUCCUGAUUAGUUAUCUAUUUUACAUAUAGUAGUGUGUAUAUGUCAAUCCCAAUCUCCCAAUUUAUCCCUCUCCCCUUUUCCCCCGGUAACCAUAAGUUUCUUUUCUACAUCUGUGACUCUAUUUCUGUUUUGUAAAUAAGUUCAUUUGUACCAUUUUUUUUAGAUUCCACAUAUAAGCGAUACCAUAUGGUAUUUGUCUUUCUCUGACUUACUUCACUUAGUAUGAUCAUCUCUAGGUCCAUCCAUGUUGCUGCAAAUGACAUUAUUUUGUUCUUUGUUACUGGCCAUCUUUUCAUAAGCAUACCAGUCAUACUCCAAGAUGACUUCAUCUUAACUAAUUAUAUCUUCAGUGAUUCUUUUUCCAAAUAAGAUCACAUUCUGAGGUACUGGGAGUUCCGACUUUAGAGUACCUUCCUGACAGUUCAAUCCAUAACACCACUUAGGCAUGCACUCAUUCAACCAAAUAAAGUGUCUGUGAGGUGAGUCUGUGAUGAUCCUGGUUACAAAUGAGCACACGGACUCAGAGGAAGGUUAAAGAAUCUGCCUAGGGCUUCCCUGAUGGCGCAGUGGUUAAGAAUCCGCCUGCCAAUGCAGGGGACACGGGUUCGAGCCCUGGUCCGGGAAGAUCCCACCUGCCGUGGAGCAACUAAGCCCGUGCGCCACAACUACUGAGCCUGUGCUCUAGAUCCUGCGCUCCGCAACAAGAGAAGCCACUGCAACGAGAAGCCCGCGCACACCAACGAAGAGUAGCCCCCGCUCGCCUCAGCUAGAGAAAGCCCGUGCGCAGCAACAAAGACCCAACACAGCCAAAAAUAAAAUAAAUAAAUUUAUUUUUAAAAAAAAGAAGACAUUCUUGUCUACAAAAAAAAAAAAAAGAA